AUGGCUUCUCCACCUAAUUUGUCCUUGCUGUGCUUGACCUUCGUCUUAACCAUCACAGCUGCCAAAUCCUCGGUGCAGGCGUUCAGAGUGACAGAGGGCAGCACUGUGAUCCUGUCCUGUCACUACUCCGUGAAGCGUCAUGGCUUGAGCCAUGUUUGCUGGGGACGUGACUGCGGAACGUUCUGGUGCAACGACAUCAUCGUGCAGACGGACAAAAAUGGCGUCAUCUCCAAGGUCUCGGACAGGUACAGGCUCAUUGGCGAUGUACUCUUGGGACAAAUGGACCUGGGCAUCCAGAAGAUUCAGAGGACAGACAGCGGACCGUACUGCUGUAGAGUGGACAUUGAUGGACUAUUCAAUGAUAAGAAGGUGUCCUACACUCUGAGAGUCAUGAAAGCUCCAGUGACUGUACCACCAACAACCACUACUACUACAACAACCACUGAGGUCCUAGCUACUAAUACAGGUGGGUCUAAUACAGAGCAGUCAAGGGAAACAGAGUCAUCACCUGCUGACACUUCAAAGCAGAACUUCAGUGUGCUGCAUGUUGAGACUGUGUUUGAGGACUCUGUCUCCAGUCUCACACUACAGAUAAACAUCCCUGUGUUGUCACUCUCUCUCAGUCUUCUCCUCCUCCUGCUGGGGGCACUUUUUGUCCUGGCCUUCAAACGUAAGUGUGGUGUUCAUAGGAAAGCUCUAGAGACAGCUUGUUUAUCUAAGGAGCCCCGGCACAUCAUUUAUGAGAUACGCACCAGGCGACCAGUGGAAGAGAACAUUUACACUCUUGAUUAA